CUCCCCCAGAAAAACCAUGAAAACAAACCAAGGCAAAUUUCAGGAAAAAUGUCAGUGUACAUGAUUAGCCUAAUUACAGCAGAAUGUCUUACAAGAGUGCCCUCAGUCGAUUCUUAAGACGUUAACGUUUCAUUUCAGUUAAACAUUUUGCCGUUUAGCGUUAGAUCUCCAGCAUUUUAUCUUGGUGUUGUAAUAUUGAUCUCAGACAGUGUUGUUUCGCAUGAGAUGCGCUCGGUAACGUUAGUCUGUGACGGACAAGAGUCCACUGAGCUGCAUUGCCGCGAUUACUUCACCCUGCAUCAGGGCUUGUUAUUACAGGGGCUAAUUGACAAUGUGGCACAAAGUACCACUAUAGAAGUAGUGAACCGAUAUUACUCCUGCAUAUAUGAUGCAAAGAUAAGAUAGUGAUAAAUAAACGUCAAAGAUUUAAUGUUCGCCUCAAGAAUCAGUGUGUGUCCUAUCCUAUGUGGUCCCCACUGAACCUCCAAUCCCGUCUCUCCCCUGAAGGUCUCUGCCGUUCCCUCCAUACAGCGCAAGAGGUUUCGCUCGAAAACAGGGAGAAACGCCGCUUUUGAUGCUCGCGCAAGAAGUUAAAUCGACAGUAAGCGUGAAACCGACAUGAGAUACGUGGUAAAAUAUAUAUAUAUGGAUUUGGAUUAUAUCAGGAAAUGACUUGAGCUGUGAACAACAAGAAGAUGACGGUGGUGAUGAUUGAGAGAAUAGGUUCGAUUCGGCUGUACCUUAUGAAAUGGAUUUGUCUGCGUUGGGCUUGGGUCUGUGUGGCUGCCUGUGGCGGUAAGGUGGAGUUACACACUGAGAGGAGAGGAGUGAUCUAUAGCCCAUCAUGGCCCCUCAACUACCCGGCCGGAGUGAAUUGCAGCUGGAAUAUACAGGGAAGCCGUGGAGAUGUGAUCACAAUAAGUUUUCACAGCUUUGACGUGGAGGACACGGGGGACUGCAUGGGGGACUGGCUGCUGCUCGGCCCCACAUGGAAAGCUGAGUAUCGGUUCUGUGGCUCAGUUCUUCCUCCUCCCUUCAUCUCCUCCAGAGGACGAGUCUGGGUCUAUUUCCACUCUCAGGCCAACAGCUCGGGACAGGCACAGGGCUUCAGACUGUCUUAUAUACGAGGUCGACUGGGUCAGAGUAGUUGUGAGAACGAUGAAUAUUUAUGUGGAAAUGGUAAGUGCAUUCCACGUUCCUGGCACUGUAAUGGAUUGGAUGAGUGCGGAGACAAUACAGAUGAAAGGAUCUGUGCCGCCCCACCCACAUCCGCCCGGGUGAGUCUGUGUCCGCCAGGCACCUUGCAGUGCUCUGAUAUCCAAUCUACCCGCUGUCUGCCGGUGUCUCUGCGCUGUAACGGAGCCCGGGACUGCCCUGACGGAUCUGACGAAUCCCACUGCCCCGACACUUCCUGUGGAAAACGCUUAGUCAACUUCUACGGGACGUUUGCCUCACCUGAUUUUUUCCGUCCAAACAGGAGCAGCGGCACAGAUCUUCACUGCACGUGGUUCCUGGACACACAAGACCCAAAGCCGCUGGUGCUGCAGGUGGACCUACAGCUGGGUGUGGGAGACUCUGUGCGUGUUUACGAUGGUUUGGGAGAGCGUGCAGAACGCCUUCUGCAGAGUCUCUCUCACCAUAAUAACCACAGACGAGCUCUGCUUGAAUCCUCCCAGGGACAGAUGAGCGUCUUCUACCACGCUAAACCACACAGUCCUGGACAUGGAUUCAAUGCCACCUACCAGGUUAAGGGAUACUGCUUUCCAGGUGAGCAUCCAUGUGGCACAGACGAGGGCUGUUACUCUGAGCUGCAGCGCUGUGAUGGCUACUGGCAUUGUCCUGGGGGACGAGAUGAGGAGGACUGCCCCUUGUGCCAGCCAGGAGACUAUCCCUGCGCGGGUGGCAGUGGGGCUUGUUACUCGGCUUCUGAGAGGUGUAACAACCAGAAGAAAUGCCCCGACGGCUCGGAUGAGAAAAACUGUUUUGACUGCCAGCCUGGAAACUUCCACUGCGGAACCAACUUGUGCAUCUUCGAGACGUGGCGGUGCGACGGGCAAGAGGACUGUCUCGACGGCAGUGAUGAGAGAGACUGUCUGGCGUCCGUGCCCAGGAAGGUCAUUACAGCAGCUCUGAUUGGCAGCUUGGUCUGCGGGCUGCUGCUGGUCAUUGCACUGGGUUGUGCCUUUAAACUCUAUUCGCUCAGGACAAGAGAGUACAGAGCUUUUGAAACCCAGAUGACCCGACUAGAGGCGGAGUUUGUUCAGAGGGAGGCUCCGCCCUCCUAUGGUCAACUGAUAGCUCAAGGUCUCAUACCUCCUGUGGAUGACUUUCCAGUCUACAACCCCACACAGGCAUCUGUCCUCCAGAAUCUACGUUCGGCUAUGCGGAGGCAGAUUCGCCGUCACUCCUCUCGCCGUUCCUCUUCACGGCGGCGUCUUGGUCGUCUGUGGAAUCGCCUGUUCCAUCGUGGCUCUCGGUUACGUGGUCAGAUCCCUCUCCUCACGCCUCCGGGUCACACUCACACAAACGCACACCUCGAUCUGAGCCUCUACAGCUACAACACAGCGGACGAUGGCAGCGAGGAGUCGCGAGAGAGUGCGGUACAGACUCCGCCGUCCUGUUCGACGGUGGCGCUGGGGUUGGCACUGCAGGCUCACACUGAGGCCCUUUGCCUUCCUGACAGGGAGUCUCCGGCCUCUCCUCUCUCUCUGCCCUCGCCCAGCUCGCCCCGCUCCACCUCUGACACCCUGGAGGAGGAAGAUGAUGAAGAUGACAGAAGUUCAGAGGGGAUGAGAGCGAGAUCCAAACGGGGCAUUUCCCCAAAACAUAAAGAUGCCGAUAGUCCCCCUGGACCCCCCGACAGCCCCAAGCGCAGAACGAGCCGGUCGAGAUCCUCCAGACGGCUGGUGCAGGAACUGGCUGCAGAGCUCAGAGGAGUCUCUCUCCUACGCUACACCUCUGUGGGCAUCUCGCCACUUUCUUCCCCCGAAUCACCCACGUCCUCCAGCGGUCAGUCUGAGGAGCAGAGGAGCUUUCCUACAUUCAGAAAACCACACACAGACUCGCUCACAGAUGGUCAUGGACACUCCAGGAAACCAUCAGGAACGGAAGAUGUUCCUGAUGACUGUGUCAGGCUUUGCAGACUCACAACUUGUGAGGAAGAGGAUGAUGAGAUUCUGUUAGUGCACUGAGAAGCCUUUAUCAGCCUCCCUAUUCUGAUUUUGUGCCAACACAGUGAGCCUUACCAGGUUCAACCAACAGCCUUCCAUCCAGAGUCAUAAAGUACGUUUACAUGCGCAGUAAUUAUGAAGCUUUUUGCAUAGUCGAGCUACAGACUUCAUCUGACUGUUUAUAUAACACAAUUUGAAUCCAAAUAUUUGAAGGAUUAUACAUGUUGAGUUUCACUUCUGUUUUUUGGAAAGUGUCACAAGACCUAAUUGUAGUCUGAAUAGUGUGUAUACAUGCUGGACGAAAUACAGUCACGCCCGGGUCUGUUAGUCUGACUUUGCAAAAAACAGACUGGUAUUAUUUCAGUCAGGCUAAAGCGUUUACUGACAUUUGAAAAAGAAAAAAUAUUGCUUUAUUCGGACUGAAAUUGAAGUGCAUGUAAACAUACAGUAUCGCUCAAAAGUUUGGGGUUGGUUAGAAUUUGUUUGUAUUUUAAAGAAAUUGAUA